AUGUCAGCAAGCGUCUCCACCCCCUCCCCCCUCUCAGCACUGACCCGCCCCGCCAAACAACGACGCCAAAGCUCCUACCUCACGCACUCGCGCCGCAGCUCGCCGCUCUCAAUUGGCCGAAUGAACGACUCGGACGAGGACGAGGAGGAGGACGGAAAGGCCCCGCAGCUCAGCGCGCUGGCCCAGAUGCUGCUCAACGACUUCCCCGAGUCGCAGUCGGACCGGGGAUCGCGCACGCCGACCGCCGACCCAAUGCCCGGCGUCGAGUCGGUCAUCCCCCGGAAGCGCAUCAGCUGGGACCGCUCGCCGCCGCCGGCAGCGCGGGACGCAAUGAUGGAGGAGCCGCACACGCACCGCCGCAGCGUCAGCCCCGACUAUGCCGCUGCUCGCGAGCUGGUCACGCCUGCGCCGGGGAGGUAUUCGCGGCGCGUGCUGGGCUCGGGCGGGUCCUCGGGGAACUCGGAGGAGCUGAAGCAGGAGGAGGGCCAGAGCUACUAUGGGAGUGUUGCGAAGCCGAGCGCGAACCAGCCGACCAUGACGAUGCAGCCGUCCACGACGGCGUCGGCGAGCCGGUGGAAGCGCGCUGGGAGGGGGCUCGCGGGGGGGCUUGCGGGGCCGCCGAGGAGGGGCCCGCGGAGGGGGAGCGACCCGCAGGAUAUGGAGGGGUAUGAGGGGUAUGCGGUGGAGGAUGCGGGGAGCGAGCAUAACCCGAUAGAGAUCAAGGAGAUAGAUGAGCCAAGCUCGGGCUCGAGCUCAAAGGGAUUUGGCGGGAAUACGAGUAUGCGCGAGGAGACGCCGGUCGGCGAGGGCUCGUUCUCGAUGAUGUCGAGGAGGUCCAGGAGAUCGAGUCCGGAGACGUCAAUGCAGCAGCAGCACCCGCGCUCAAUGAGCCUGUUUUCAAAUAAUACCCCAGAGGAAAUGCGGUCCGGAUCGCCAGACACUUCAAGGCGCUCCUCUUCCUUGCGGGCUGCGGCGGUUGCGGCGGCGGCGGCAGCAGCUGUGCCCCAGGUUCUGGCAGCAAAGGACAAGGAGAACAUGCCCCCGCCACCCACGUUCCGGCGCCCCACAUCCACCGUGCCAGCUUCAAAGCGGCUGAGUUUUGCCGCGGAGGAGAUUAAACCUGUUGUCUCCGCAGCAGCAUCUCGCGCCCCGUCUCCUGCGGAGGAAAAGGAGUACAAAUCGUUCGCUCCGACUCUGGCGGCAGCAGCAACAGCAGCAGCCGGGUCGCCGGAAAGGAAAAACGUACUGUCGAUGAAGAGCAACAAUACGCCGCUGCGGCCGCCGCCCCCGCCGCCCCCGCCGAAAAUGUCGAUGCUCGAGGCGGUCACGGCGAGCGCGGGGGCGUCGGCGACGGCGGCGCAGCAGUCGUCGAGGAAGCAGCGGUCCGUGGUGCAUGUCAAUGGGAAGCCGUACAGGCGCCUUGACGCGAUCGGGAAGGGCGGGUCGAGCAAGGUGUACAAAGUCAUGGCGGAGAACUUCAAGAUACUCGCUAUGAAGAAGGUGACGUUUACGGCGCAGGACGGCGAGUCGGCCAUCCGGGGUUACAAGGGGGAGAUCGACCUGCUGAAGAAGUUGGCGCAUGUGGAUCGGGUGGUAAGGUUGUAUGACUGGGAGAUUAAUGAUGGUAAACAGUGCUUGACUAUGUUGAUGGAAUGCGGCGAGACCGAUCUGGCAAAGGUGCUCAUGAUGCGACACAACAACGAGGACUCGCAGAUGGACAUCUCCUUCAUCCGCUACUACUGGCGCGAGAUGCUCCUCUGCGUCGAAUCCGUGCACAAGCUCAACAUCAUCCACUCGGACCUCAAGCCCGCCAACUUCCUCGUCGUCCAGGGCCGCCUCAAGCUCAUCGACUUCGGCAUCGCCAACGCCAUCGCCGACGACACCGUCAACGUCCACCGCGAGUCGCAGGUCGGCACCCUAAACUACAUGUCGCCCGAGGCCAUCGUGGACAUCAACGCCGCCUCCGGCAAGGCCAUGGCCAGCGUCGGCGCCCCGCGCCUCAUGAAGCUCGGCGCGCCCAGCGACGUCUGGAGUCUGGGCUGCAUACUGUACCAGAUGACGUACGGCCGCGGGCCCUUUGCGCACCUCACGUCAAUGUACCAGAAGAUCAACGCCAUCCCGGACCCAAACUACGCCAUCGACUACCCGGCCACGGGCAUUGGCGGCGCGCCCGUGCCGGCGUCGCUGGUCGCUACCAUCAGCGGGUGUCUGCAGAGGGACAAGGGCGAGCGGCCGACGAUCGCAAGGAUGCUGUCGUAUGAUGACCCGUUUUUGAACCCGGAUACGUAUCGGCCGGUGAGGGAGGGCGUGGUCGAUAUCAGCUAUGAGGUGCUGAAGAUGCUGAUGGAGAAUACGGUCGAGCAUGUGAGUGUGAAUGGCGCGGCGGAUAAGGAGCGUGUGGCGGCGUGGGCGACGGAUGUGUAUAAGAAGCUGGAGAGGAGGAUGUGGGAGUCGAGGGGCGGGCAGAGGUAG